AUGACGCGCCGACGUCGCCUGCUCCUCUGGCUGCUCUUCGCAGUCCUGAGCCGGACCGGAGGAGUCUGGGGCCUGGCGGAGAAAGACAUCGUGGUCAAGAACGUGCCGUUACGGGUCCCGGUGGGAAGAUAUGUGUUUGUGAGUCCGUCGGAGGACCUCCGGAUACGCGUGGCUCCUGGAGACAGCUGCAGUGUCCAGGUGGUUCAGAGUGAUGAGGACGGCCCGGUGGGAAGUGUUCGCCCCGGAAGGCUGCAGCCUUCAAAUUUCCCGUGCGGCUUUGGGCUCGGGAGCGUGUCCUACACGCACUUUGGGUCCAGGAUUGCUCCCCUGCUGGACAGGGUCCGGCUUCUGGUCAAGUACGACGCCGAGAACGAGACGUUGAUUGUGCCUCUCGUGCUGGUGGUGACGGUGUUGCCGACUCCUUUCGAGAUCGCCGUUAAGGUGGCGUCACUGACUGUGAGCCGCAUUGGCGGCGAAAGUCAGUCCAUCGGCACUGACACACUCAACUUCGAGGUUGGUGAUGGUGUGUGUAGGGUUAGGGUCCAGACUGAGAUUCAUCAGCUGCCUCGGUACGGUGAGUUGGUCGGCGAUGUUCCUACUCAGUUGACAAGUUGUGAGGCCUUCCUGGGAGGGGACAUCCGUUACCGCCACGGGGGUAACCACAGGUCUCCAAACAGAGACUACAUACCGAUGCUAGUUGAGGUCAGUGAUUCUCGCGGUCACGUUGUGAAAAAAGAAUGGUUUCAACUUCCGGUCAGGAUUCAGGAUGGUGUUGAAAACUCGGCACCCCAGCCGACCUUCGCGUCUGAUCUUCGGCUUGAUGUGAACCAGUUCAUUAUGACGGCGAUUACGCCUGCCGUACUCGCUGCUGAAGAUUUAGAGAGUGAUAGCCGGCUACUGUUGUUCAACAUGAGGACGUUCCUGGGUCCCGAAGAAGGUCACUUCGUGUCCACCGACGACCGACGGUUACCGGCCACAUCCUUCUACCAAAAAGAUGUUCAAGCUCUCAAAAUCGCGUACGUUCCGCCGACUCAGGGCUCGGAGGAGCGAAGAGUGUUCCGCAUUGAACUCGAGGUCGUAGACCCGGAAGGAGCUGCGUCGGACCCUUUCUCGCUUAUGAUCAUCGUCAAACCGACGAAUACCAUAUCUCCUCUGGUGAUAAAGAACACUGGACUGACUCUUUUCGAGGGAAAAUCUAAGAAGAUUGUUCAUAGCUUGCUUAUUUCAGACGAGGACAACCGGGACGACGUGUCCUUGACUGUGGUCGACGGAUUGCGUCACGGAAGCCUCCUUGUUGACGGAAGCGAAACAGACUCAUUCGCAAUCGGGGAUCUGGAUCAAGGUCUCGUCUUUUACAGACACGACGGAAGCAGCACAAUUACAGACAAUAUCGUCUUCAAGAUGAGCGACGGCACGCACGAGGUUGAGUUCCUCUUUCCUGUGACCAUAUACCCGGACGACGACGAGCCGCCGUUACUCAAUGUCAACACGGGUCUCUCAACUCAGAAGGGUGAAGACUCGCAGGUGACGUCGCGUCAUCUAAGUGCCACUGAUGUUGACAGUGAUGACACAACCAUCCUUUACGAGCUGUUGCCUCCGUUUCCAGAGCAUGGGACUCUAAUUUUGAAGCAGCCGGAAAAACCACCGGAAUCGUUUCGCUGGGAAUACAGGGAAGGAGUGUUCGAGCGGGAGGUCACAAAGUGGACUCAAACGGACCUCCAAGAAGGAAGAUUAUUCUACCGCCACACGGGGGAUCAUGUUACCGAAGUGACCAGUGACAGCGUAUAUUUUCGUCUUUCCGAUGAGAACAACCCACCUAACGAGUCCGGCAUCAACGAGUUCACCAUUAAAAUUAUGCCCGUGGACGACAUAGCGCCCGAACGGUCUCCAGAGGCGACACUUCACCUCCUAGUUGAAGAGUUCCAGCUGACCGAGAUCACCAAGUUGGAAUUGCGUUACAGGGACCUAGACACGAAGGAAAAAGAUCUGAGGUAUCGGAUCACAAAAGCGCCCCACGACACGGAUGAAGCAAACGCGAUGAGCCCGGGCAUGGUUGUGCGUGUUGACAGUCCUGACGUCGAAAUAACAGAGUUCACCCAGGCCGAAGUCAACCAUCACAAGAUAGCGUACAAGCCACCGCCUAUUGAGCUCGGAAUAGUGCCACGAAUUAUCCAGUUUCACUUCGAGGUGUCCGACGCCGGCAGCAACGUGUUGCCCGACCAGGUGUUUACCAUCCUAUUGCAGCCUGUCGACAACAAACCUCCCACUGUGCUCAAUCGCGGCCUUUCAGUUGUCGAGAAGGGCUUUGUGGACAUAAGGACAGAGGACCUCGACGCAACGGACACGGACACCCCGAGUGAUGAGCUGAGUUUUGUGAUCGUCAAAACUCCGGUAUAUGGUAGAGUACGCGUCGGAUCGGAUGCGUUGAACGAGGACGACUUCUUCAAGCGCGAAGAUAUUGUGAACGGUCGCGUGAGGUACGAGAAUAUUGGCGGCUCGUCAAGGAAAACAGAUCGGAUUGACAUAGAAGUUUGCGACGGAGUUCACAGGGUUCCUAUAACUGUCCGGGUUCACAUAAAGCCACUCUCGGAAGAACCGCAAGGUUUACAGAAAAGACCGGGUACUCUAAACGUAUACCUAAGCGUCAACGAGGGCGGAAAGGUAUUGUUAGGAGGUCACGCUUUUAAGGUGCAAAGCGUCAACUUAGAAAAAGGAGCGGUAGAAUUUGUGCUUACGCAUGCCCCGAAACAAGGCAGCGUCCAGAAUAGCGGCCUAAAAACAAGUCGGUUUACUCGUGAAGACGUGCUGAAGAGGAGAGUCUUCUACGUUCACAGCGGCAGCGAAACUGGGGAACGAGGUUCCAGUGACAUGUUCCAGCUAAGCCUUGUCGAAAAGUCUGGUUCGGUUAAAACGGACGACGUUCUGGUGCAAGUGAAGAUUGAGCCCGUCGAUUCAGUGGCUCCCAGAGUGGCGGUGGGACCACCUCUGCAAGUGCGCGAGGGCGCCAAGGCUGCCAUCACAAGGAACUACUUAUCCGCCACAGAUGUGGACUCAAAUGACGAGGACAUUCUCUGUAGCAUCGAUGUCCAACCCAGCCACGGUUACGUCGAGAACGUGUCCCCGGCUCCUGGUUCGGAGCGCGUUAGAGCCGGAGUACCGGUGUCAGCUUUCACGAUUGGAGAAGUUCUGUCCGGAUGGAUCAACUAUGUCCAAAGCAUCCACCGUGGCUUUGAACCUCUCGAAGACAACUUCACCUUCAUCUGUUCGGACGGUGUAAACGUGAGCCCGAAAUCUAAAUUCAACGUGCAGAUAUAUCCGACGAACGACGAGAUGCCGGAGAUCGCGGCCGACGAGAUGUUCGUGGUCGAAGGUGGUGACGUCUCACUCGAUACGCUUGUCGCGCAAGUCACAGACAUGGACAGGCCUCCGGAUCAACUCGCGUUCAGGAUAACGAAGCAUCCCAUGCACGGAAGGAUCGUGACGGCGCACUCUGUCGUCGUUGACAGCUUCACGAAAGCAGACGUGACACCGCCGUCUUUCAUCGUCUACCGACACGAUGACAGCGAGACUACAAGUGACUUCUUCGAACUAUAUGUCAGUGACGGCAUGCACCAGAGCAGCGGUAGGAUUUCCGUGACCAUUGAGCCGGUCGACGACGAGACGCCGCGGCUCGUUGCAAAUACUGGUCUGGACGUGGGCGUCGGGGAGGCAAAAACAAUUACAAACCGUGUCUUAAAAGCCGAGGACGUGGACUCCGAACAAUCCGCCUUGGUGUACUCCAUAAUACAGCCUCCUAAGCACGGUUACCUCCAAUACUUGAACGCGUCCUCUUAUAGACCUCAGCGGAACCUUUCUCUCGGCUCUAACUUCACGCAGCAAGACAUCGACCGUGGCUUACUAGUCUACAGGCACACGGGCGUACCAGGAGUUAGGGACCUAAUUAAAUUCGACGUUACUGACGGCUCGAACCCUCUGAUAGAUCAGUUUUUCUGGGUCACUGUCGAGAGCGUCGACGCGGUCUAUCCCGAGGUUGUGAACAGGGGCGUCCGGCUUCCGGAAGGUGGGAAGGUAAUCUUGACGACAGCAACGUUAAGCACGACGGACCUUAACAGCGACGACGAACUACUUCGGUUCACCGUCACAAAAUCCCCAUCGAAGGGUCACCUAGAGAGCACGGAUGCUCCGGGCGUCAUCCUGAGGACGUUCACCCAAAUGCAGCUGGCAGGCAAUAAAAUCUGCUACGUGCACACCAGCAAGGACGAAAGCAAACUAGACAGCUUCGAGUUCGAAGUGAGCGACGGCAGGAACUCGGUCUUCAGGACGUUUCGCAUCUCGAUCACAGACGUCGAUAACAAGAAACCCGUUCUGUUCAUCUACAGGCUCCGCCUCCGGGAAGGCACCGAGCGCCUCAUCACACCGUUCGAGCUGAGGGCAGACGACAUGGACACCUCCGACCGAAACAUACAGUUCAAGGUCGUCCACAAGCCGAUUCACGGCAAGCUCAUCUACGGCAGGUCCCGCGAAGCGAACGCGUUCUCGAUGGCCGACCUGAACGACAACAGGGUGUUGUACGUUCACGACGGCAGCGACACGGCAAGGGACAACUUCACGUUCGUCGUGAGCGACGGCACGCACCGGGACUUCUACGUACAUCCGAACGUCCAGGAGGCCACACGCGAACCGCAGAUGUUUCCCGUCGAGGUGGUGCCUGUCGACAACAGUGCUCCGCAGAUAACGGUGAACAAGGGCGCGUUUGCCCUGUCCCCUCUGGACAGCUCCCGGCGCCUUGGAUAUCGGCUCAGCGGAGACGUGCUUCGGGCGACCGACGCCGACAGCGUGGAUGCCAGGCUCAAGUUUGUGGUGACCGUGUUCCCGUCGCACGGGAUCAUCGUGAAUCGAGCCGUGGGUAACAGGAGCGUCGUGGAGUUCACUCAAGGCAAGUGA